CUAACAAGCCUCAAGCUUGCAGCACACAAACUCAUGGUGCCUUAUAAAGUACAAUAUUCAAUAUUAGUUGGCAGGAUUCCACCAUGUACCAAACUGUGUCCAUUUAGUAUGUCGGUGUUGGUACUGAACCAAACAGCAACGAUUCAUAAUUUAAAUCCGAUAACCAAUCCGCUAUACGUAGACUACACCCUUUGCUUAACAAUAGGCUCAGAGCUUCAAAAGAGCUUUCUUUGUUUUUGUAGGUAUCUUUGAUCAUUAGAGUAAGAAUGCUUUGAUCUUUUGUUUAAAUCACUGCUAUGUCUACUAGAGGUAUGAGCCUAUAGUGUUACAGAGGCGGAACAAAAUAAAGUAUGUGGACGGUGAAAUUAUUCAGCGCUGACCAACUACCAUCAGUAUUUCACGAGCCGUUCAUUCUGAAUGGGUACCGGGCUUCUGAGACGAGCGUAGUCGAGUGUAUAAAAAGUACAUUACAAUGUACCAAUGAAACGGUAAAUUUUUGGACGCACUUCGUGCCAUUUUUAUACACUGUGUGGCGUAUUGUGCAUUUGAGAUAUUAUCUUGAUUUCGUCAACGACCCAUUCACUUGGCCGUUGCUGGGGCUACUCAUAUGCAUUUCUCUAUGUUUAUCUGCCAGUUGCUUUGCGCAUCUUUUUAACUGCUUAUCUGAACGGGCUUGCCAUAUUUGUUAUUUUUUUGAUUACUCAUCGUUGGGUAUUUACAGUUUGGCAUCUUGCAUCGCCUACAGAUAUUAUGUUUUUCCACAUUGUUUGAUGAAUACAGAGUAUUUCAAUAUAUACAUACCAAUUGGAGCACUCAAUGCUAUUUUAUGGUGUACAUUUGGUGCGUGUUGGUCUCGUUUUAUGAAUAUGGGUUUAUUCCGCCAUUUGUUUCGUCUUUCGGUGCUCAUUGUCCCGUAUGUGUUUUGUAGCCUGCCACUUUUAUAUCGUGUAUUCGUGUGUCCAGACAAAGAAUGUGAAGCUGCCUCUGUUACUGUGCACCGACAACAUUUUGUCGCAGCAUUCUGCUCAGCGUUCAUUUUUGCAACUCAUCUUCCGGAGAGGUUGGCACCAGGGAAGUUUGACGUCUUUUUACAUAGCCAUCAACUCUUUCACGUGAUUACAGCCACAGGGACCAUUCUUCAAGUGAAUUCUGUAAUAAUUGACAUGAAUGAUCGACGCGCUUUUCUGGAAUCGGAAAUAGGGUUGCCAACAUAUUGGUAUUCGCUUGGUUUGAUUACAGUAGUUUUUUCUUUACAAAUGCUUCUUAUUUUAUGUUUUUCUGUUUGGGUUUAUAGUCGUCCAGAAGAAUCAAAGCAUAUUUACCCCAAGUCUCAAAAUACUAAUAAUGACAAUCUGGAGCCAUGUGCUGAAACUAUUAAGCAUAAACUGAAGAGUGGGAGCAGCAGUAAAUCAAACGUGUCUCAGGAGCAUAUUAAAUUUAUAAAUAAGUGCAGCGCCGAGAGAAAUCUCGAAAUAAUGACUAAAAUAAAGAAACAAUAAGUUUGAAGAUUUACAAGAAUAUUUGAUUUUAAAAGAAAUUAUUUUUUUCCAAAAUGUUAGGCGGAAAUAAUAUAAAAAUCUUCAUUAGGCCUUUACUGUGUCAAUACGAAUGUCUUAGUAUUAUAAUUGUCGCAUUAAUAAUAAAUUAAUUGAAAAGUACGGUGUCUUAAUCCCAAGGCUAAUGGAUUACUCAAUAUAAUCAAAUUUUGUUAGCAGAAACGGUCUGGCUUAGAAUAGACAUUAGCUUAAAAAAAGUACAUAUACAGGUCACCUUUUUGAUAUUAGAGAGGUACUAGGUACAAAGAUUAAUAAUAUUUACACCAAAAUAAAAAGGCAGGUUUUCCGAAAUGAUUAUAUUGAUUUCGUUAUUAUUCAUGUUUGUUUAUUCAUAUAAAAAAAAUCAUACGGAAGUUUAAGAAACAGUGUUACGUUUAUGUAGAGCAGGGAGAUUGUCUAAUAAUUUAUUAAAGUUCUUUUAAAAUCUUGAAGUGUAUAUAUUCAGUAGGAUGAUGCUAUAUAUAUAUUAUAUAUAUAUAUAUAUUCUAUUUAAUUCUUUAAGUAAAAAGCAAACUUAUAUGUGGUAAAUGAAUGAUGAAAUAAUGGGAAUCUUUAAGCUAAAAUUUAGAACAAAAACAUAAAUAUAGGCACUUUUAACCAAAAAAUAAAAAAUAAAAAAAAAAUAAUAAAAUAAAUGCUAGUAUACUAUGCUGUUUGUAUUUAGAUAGACCUACAUAAUAAAAAAACUGUUAAUGAAGUUCCUUGCAGAGCGUGCAGUGUAAGAAGACCCAAGUCAUGAAUAGAGACGACGGAACAAUUUUUUCUUAAUUCACAUUAUGAUCCUAUGUUGACAGUAAGUGAGCCGUCUACAGUUAGGAGUAACUCAUCUGAGAUGAUUUGAUCAUCACUCUGAAGAGUGGUAUCUUCUGGUGUACUCAAAACUGUCAAAAACACGAGUUAAAUCUAUUAUGUUAUUUAUGAUGAAAAAAAUAAUUAAUUUGUUAACUCAAAACAUGUGGUUCCAUAAAGUAUAGUAGGAAAAUUAUCUUUUUAGUUGAACAAAUUAGUUGUUUACCUUAGAAAAUUCUUUACCCAAUUCAUCCAAGGGUACAUUAGCCUAUAGAAGGUGACCGUAGCAGUUGCUUAAACCUUUGUGAAUGUAAGCAACUAAUUGGUUCAACAAAAACGAAAAUUUUCCUUCUAAAAGUUAAUCAAAAUGUGAUUUCAUUGGUAUGACGGCAGUGGCGUAACGCCUAUGGGUCUCUGAAAAUACUGAUACUAAGAUUGCCUUUUAGUGGAGUUAAUGUUCUCAGGUUAGCGAAUACUUUACUGAACGUUUAUAGGCCCACGAUCGACUCGUUGUCGUUACACCACUGCAUGUCAGUGACAGCAGUAACUGUAUAGGCAUUACAAUCUAUAUAAUUCAUUAGCAUGUUUUAACUAAUACCUCCAUUUAUAAUAAAUACAUGCCAGCCAUAUUUAGUGGCUCAGUAGUAUAUAUGCAUUAAUAUGUAUAUAUCAACAAAACAUGUAAAAACGUGAAGGUUGUAAAUAAACUUACUGUAAUAUUAGUCAAUGAUUGCCAAAUAUUCUCCAUAUUGAGAAUGGUAAAAUUUUAAUAAGUUAGUAAUUUUCAUUUAAGUGUUUAGAACGAUAACAAUUUCUUUUCUCGACAUUAAACGCAGAAAUAGUAGUAGUGUAUCCUUAGGGUCGGUAAAUCAGUGAAAACUUUUUUUUCUAUUUAAAGUGAAGUUGAUGACUUAUUCUAUUCUUCUAAAAUAUUAUUUGGAUUCUUAGAUUUUAGAACUGUUGCAGAUAAUAGAUUUGAAAGUGAAAAUAUACCAAAUAUCCUAGAAGUAACCCACCUUAAAAGUUAUCUAUAAUAAUGACCCACUACUCAAACAUUACAACCAAAUCUACAUUUUCAGGUGUUUUUUUCUUUUACUAUAUCUAGCCUAUGUUAAACUGUGAUAAAGUCAAAUGUGUGUGAAACUGUGAUUGAAGAUGACCCGUGAAGUUCAGAGUGAGAUGAUGCACGAUUUCAUAUCUGUUGAAUAAAAGUUAUAAAUGUAAGUUGA